AUGGAGGAGCGGGGUCUUGAGGAGGAGGAAGUUUGGGUUUGGGAGGAGAGUAAAAAGGAUCUGGAGAAUCUUAUGUGGUUUAAAAAUCGGGAUUUGCAUCAAAAGGCAAGAGUUAAAUGGGCUUUGUCGGGGGAUGAGAAUUCGGCUUUCUUUCAUAGAUGUAUUAAAGGAAGAAAGGCGUCUAAUGCCAUUCCGGGGUUGCAUGUAAAUGGGGGUUGGGUCUCCAAGCCGUCCCUUGUUAAAAGGGAGGUCCCCACGGAGAAGGUAGAUGAAUUGAUAGCGCCUUUUACUAAAGAAGAGAUUAAAGAGGCAGCUUUUGAUUGCGGUGCUGACAAGAGUCUUUUUGAGGAGGAUUUCGUGAGGAUUUUUAAUGGAUUUUUUGAGUUGGGUACUAUCAGCAAAGAAUGCAGCACUUCUUUUAUCACGUUAAUUGCAAAAACUAAAGUGCCGGUGGGAUUAAAAGAUUACAGGCCGAUCAAUCUUAUUGGAGUUAUUAGCAAGAUUAUCUCCAAGGUCAUUGCAGCAAGAAUUAAAAAGGUGAUUGGGAAGGUGAUUUCUAAUUCUCAAUCAGCUUUCAUAAAGGAAAGAUUUAUUUUAGAUGGGCCUUUAGUCCUUAACGAAAUCAUUGGAUGGGUUAAGAAAAACAGAAAACAAGUUUUUCUCCUGAAAAUUGAUUUCGAAAAGGCCUACGACAACGUGAAUUGGGAGUUUUUACUCUCAAUUAUGAGUCAGAUGGGGUUCCCCUCGAGAUGGUGUAUGUGGGUUAGAGGUAUUCUCCAGUCGGCUAGAUCAGCGGUGCUUGUUAAUGGGUCUCCUACUUUUGAGUUCCAAUGUCAUAAGGGUCUGAGACAAGGAGACCCAUUAUCUCCAUUCUUAUUUCUUGUAGUUAUGGAGGCUUUGGCUUGUAUGAUUUCUAAAGCAUGUAGAAUUGGUGAAUUUGAAGGGGUUAGAAUUUAUAAUGGAGGGCCAAUUGUUUCUCAUAUGUUGUAUGCGGACGACGCUUUGAUUUUGGGUUGUUGGAGUAAGGAUAAUGUGGAGACUAUUAAUAGAUUGUUAAGGGUGUUCCAUUGUUGCUCGGGUUUGAAAAUCAAUCUGCAUAAAUCGACUCUCUUUGGUAUGGGGGUUGUUGAUACGGAGGUGGGGUAUAUGUCUUCUUUAUUGGGGUGUAAAGUUGGGGCCUUGCCUUUUGAUUAUCUUGGUAUUAAGGUUGGAGCUAAUAUGAAUCGGAUUUCCAAUUGGGAUACGGUAAUGGAUACUAUUCGGAGUAGAUUGACUUCUUGGAAGGCUAAACUUUUAUCUAUAGGGGGUAGGUUAACUCUUAUUAAAUCGGUGUUGGUUAGUCUUCCGGUGUAUUAUAUGUCCCUAUACAGAGCUCCUUUGACGGUCAUUGAAAAUAUUGAAAAAAUUAUUCGUCAUUUCUUGUGGUCCGGAGGAAAAGAUAGUAGAGGUGUGCAUUGGGUUUCUUGGGAGGUGGUUACAAGGCUAAAAAAGGAUGGUGGGUUGGGUAUCACAAAAGUUGCUGACGUCAAUACGACACUUUUAGCAAAAUGGGCUUGGCGUUUUAAAACCGAAACGGAUGGGUUUUGGAAGAGUAUUAUUGAUGGUGUGCACGGGGGUAGGAGGACGUUCCUUCCUAUCAAUAAUGAUUAUUCGGGCUGUUGGAAGACUAUUGUUAAAUUCUUGGAUGGUUUAGAAAUUAAUGGGCAAAGUUUCAAGAGUUUACUAAGAGGAGAGAUUGGGAAUGGGGAGUCUAUAAGAUUCUGGAAAGAUUUAUGGUGGGGAUCGAGUGUUCUUAUGGUUCGAUGGCCGAGGCUUUAUGAAAAGGAGAGUGAUAAGAAUGCUCGAGUGGGGGAUCGGUUAAAUUGCUCGGGUGGAGUAGUGUAUGUAGCUGAAGAUUGGUCGAUUGAAGCUACUUCUGUGGAGGCGAUAUCUGAACUACAAGAUCUGAAUGGUUCUCUGUCUCGUAUGCAGUUUAAAGGGGGGAACGACGGCUGGAGUUGGAGUUUUGACAGCAGCGAAAAGUUUUCGGUGGCUUCUGUCAAAACAUGGCUUCGGUCAGCUUGUAAUUUGCAGCAGACUAAAAGGUUUAAAUGGGAGAAGUGGCUUCCUGUUAAAGUUAACAUGUUCAUUUGGCAAAUGGAGCUAGACCGAAUCCCGACCCGACCGGCCUUAGUGAAAAGGAGAAUAAAUAUUCCGGAUACUUCUUGCCCUUUUUGCGCUGCAGAAGACGAAACGACGCUGCAUUUGAUGGUGAAUUGCGGAUUUGUUUUUGGCGUUUGGAGUAAGGUGUGGAGUUGGUGUAAGAUUUAUGGUCGGCAUGCAAAUUCUAUUGUUGAUUUGCUGCAGCAAGACUAUGCUUCGUCCAGGUCUAAAGUGGAAAGAAGGAUUCUUAGGGGUGUCAUGUUGAUUACUUGUUGGGAGAUUUGGAAUGAAAGAAAUAAGAAGGUUUUCCAGGAAGAGACGCCAAGAGUUUUGAACAUAGUCGCUCGUGUGAAGGCCCUCUCGUUUAUUUGGUUUAAACAUCGAGCUAGGUUUAAAAAUAUUGAAUGGAUUGAUUGGACGAAAUACCCUUUGUAUAUAUUGUAA